AUGUUUCAUCCUGUGGCAUUCGAAGGCAUGGACGGUGCAAAAAUCGGAACAAUAGGUCUGAUUGCUCUCCUCCACUACAACCAGAAGCUCAUUCGGCAAGUUCAGGUGCUAACAUCGAUCAUUGAGGAAACUGGCCCAAAUCCAGUAGUCGUGAAUGAUCUGAUGUAUUGGUUUGCAUUUGAUUCCAUGGGCGACUUCGGAUUUGGCGUGGACUUUGGAAUGAUGAAGAGUAGAAAGUGGAUCGAUGCUGCUCUGAACAUGCGUUCAGCAAUAGGUUUACUAGGUCCUUUUAGCCCAGCGAUUUGGAUACCUAGAGUCGCAUUUCGGUUCACACCCGGGAUUUGGAAAGUCAAGCAAUGGUUUCAUAUGCUCGAGUUCGCGGAUAACUGCGUCAACACUCGGCUGAGGGAAGACCACGACUCACGUAAUAUUGCUUCCUGGUUCAUAAAAGAAUACAAAUCUAACGGGGAAACUGAAGUUGGUCAGCGGCUUCUCAGCGGAGAUAUUGCAACCUCGGUCGUUGCCGGAAGUACAAACAUUACGGCACUUUCGUCACUGCCUCAUCUCAAUGGGGUGAUCAGCGAGUCUAUGCGCCUUUUGCCGGCGAUAUUGACUUUCAGUUCAAGAGUUACACCCCUAGAAGGCCUUAAGGUGGACGGAACUUACAUUCCAGGAAAUACAAAAAUCUGCGCACCUCGCUAUUCCAUAGGUAGAUGCGGCAAGCCUGAGUUGAUCAAAGACAAACGAGCAUUUGCGCCCUUUGGAGUGGGUCGUACAGCUUGCGUGGGUCGACAUCUAGCAACGACUCAACUGAGGCUUGUCGCAGCCACACUUCUCAGCGGCUACAACAUCAGAUUUGCCUCCAAUGAGCCCGAGGGACAAGUGUUCGACAAGACCAUGAGGGAUCAGCUAGCAGCAAAUCCGGGAGCACUGUGUUUGAUCUUUGAAAGAAGAUGA